AUGCUGCCCAGCGUGGCUGCCAUUCCAAGCUCGAGUGGAGGCCUUCUGAAUGCUUCCUUCAGCUGUCCCCCACAGCCACUCCACCGACUCGCCGGCGAGUGGCGACUCUUCGUGAAUUCUGGCGCUGUGCGAGAUAUCAGCAUAAGUGCCCCAACGCCUUACGCCGCCGUGCUCGCAGCGGUUUCAACCGGGGCAGAAAGGCUGCCUUCGGCUCUGCUCCGCAGAGAGUUCGCAACCAUCGGCCUCAGUGGUGCGAUGGUAAAGUACACGGAGGCUGCGACAGAAGUGCUUUUCCCUGGCAUCGGUGUUCUCGAUGACGACAAGAAGAUUGAGGUCCGCCGCUACCGGAUCUUCAGCCGAUUUUGCCAGAAUGCCGGGAUGCUGAAGCUGGAGGACCUGGAAGCUGCCUCAGCAGAUUCGAGCGAGAUUCAUCUCCAGGCUGUGGCACUGCGUCGUUGGCCCUCUCUGCCGGAUCUGGCCGUACCUUUCGUCGUCCCGGGACACCUCUUCGUUCAGGCCAUCUACACCGUCCAAGCGCUCGGGUCUUGGAACAUCGCCGCCUUUGCAGCGCGCCUGGGCGGCCGGCGCCUUCGCCUCAUCCCCGAGGUCGGAACAACAGAUACGAGGCUGAUCUACGAGGAGUCUUCGUGGCGCCAACGCCUCCUUCGUGAUGGGUCCAACAACACCCUCGGCCGCUGCGGAGCUGCUUUUCUCCUAGGCCGGCCCACGCUGUCCGUUUGGCGGCGCCUGUAUCCCGGAGAGGUCCUGAUUGGGCCCUGCGCCGACCGAGAGGCUGCGGAGCAGGUUGCCCUCGAGGUAGGCAGCACCCUGGGCUUCGUCACCUUUCCGCAGGGCUGCUACUUUCUCCUCGAGAAGGCUCGGGAUCGACUCUCGCUGCAGACCUUCCCGGCAAAGAAGUGGGAGAACACCAGAGAGGCCGGUGUGGUUUUGCCGAGGUUGAAGGCUCUGGGCCCUUCGCCCUUGGGCAUCCGCCUGGGAAACGCUUUGUUUCUGAUGGCUGCUGCGCUGGCUAUGGCUGCAGACUUUGGUUUCAGCUUCCGAAUGGAAACCAGUAUGCAUUGGUUUCCCUAUGCAGAGGCCGGUGGGAUCUUCGCGCUGCUGCCCUGCGUACAUUGGUAUAUGCCUCCUGUCUGCAAGUAUGCUGCAUUAAUGCAGUGA